CAACCAGAGGUCUCUUGGGGGCCAGGCUUGGCCAGGCCAGGCCCCUCCCCUCCUGAUAAAUUUGGGCUCCCCCCUGGGUGAGUCUACCACUUUCUCUUCUCCAGCCGUCCGGUGACACCCUCCUUUUUUCCGUGCCAUCCCUCUCCCGGUUCCGAGUUCGAAUCAUGUCCUGCCCUGUGGACACAGCCCUCUGCACCUUGAUUGCCGUUUUCCACAAAUAUGCCGGCAAGGACGGCAAAAAGAACAGCCUGAGCAAAAGCGAGCUGAAAGAACUGAUCCAGAAAGAGAUGACCAUCGGCCCGAAAUUGCACGAAAGCGAAAUCCAAGGGCUGAUGGAAGAUUUGGACCGCAACAAGGAUCAAGAGGUCAAUUUCCAGGAAUACGUUACCUUCAUAGGUGCUUUGGCCAUGAUUUACAAUGAAGCUUUGGCCAGCUAGCCUGGACGGACGGACGGGAAACGGGGACUGAAAGAAAACCAGGCCCUCGUCAGAAUUUAAGAAGAUAAAAAAAAAGAAAGAAAAGUUUUUUCCAAACUUU